AUGCCCUUCCCGGUUCUCUCCAAAGAACCAAUACCCGGACUCGCCUUAUCAGCAUCGGGUCUCGUCGCCCUCGCAGACCUCCAGACAAUCGCAAACCGCACUGCACUCACAGGAACGUCCUCCUGGUUCGACGCCCUUGUCCUCGCCCCGGGCCUGCACUAUCAGCAAGCAGCCGACGGCGUCGCGGGAAACAGCAGCGCCGUCGCCGCCGAAACCUCUGCGGCCUUUGGCUUCGGCGGCAGCGGCAGGCGGAGUUCAGGAACCGCCGGCCUCUUCGGCACGCAGGCGCUUCCCGGCGGGAAAAGGAAGGAUGUCCGGGUCACGAACCCGGGCAUGUUGCUCUUUCUCUCGAGGCUGGGGGUCCAGGAGGAGCGCGCGCGAGAGCGGGAGAUGAAGAAGGAGAAGGCCGGAGGGGGCGGGGUCGAGGCGUUCGGGAUCGGCGCCGGGGGCGGAGAAAAGGUUAUCACUCUCGACGUCGGAACGCUGGGUCACCGGAAGCGGAGACGGGGCCGGGCUUUUUCCCACGACGCGGACUGGCAGUUUGAACGUGCAAGUAAUCUACUUUACCUCGCGAGCCCGGUACUCACGCUCGCAGCCUUGAUCAUCAUGAUUUUACUGGCAGACUGGUGGGGGCUCGCAGCGAUCCUAGCUCUCAUCGCCUCUCGUAUCCUCAACAUCUACAUCAUCAAACAGCGCACGCCUCCCCCUCCGCCGCCGGCCCCUCGGUCCUUGGCCGCAACUACCCCGUCUUACACAAAGCUCUCCGAGUACCUCAUCCCACUCACCCCAACACUAAAGGUCCGCAUGCGCGGUCCGGCGUCCGACCUCGCCGCGCUGACGACGGACGCCUGGCUCCUUUCCAAGACGGCCGUGCAGGGCUACCUCGAGGCCACGGCGAAGCUGGUGGUGUACAUGGUCGCCAUCUUCAGCGGCAACAUCUCGCAGGCGGGGAACCUCGUGCUUCUGAUCUUGUUGCUGGGUAGCGCGGGCUUGUUGGGCCUGAGCAACGGGUUCGUGAAGGGCGUCAAAGGGAAGGGACGGGUCGCUAGGGUGUGGAACGAGGAGGUGAGAGAUGAAGGGGCUAAUGGGACACGCGGCAGGCGGAAGCAGGAGGGCGAUGGAGUUGACGUUGCGGAAUGGGAUGCGCAGGUGGGAAGGAUCAUUCGGGAUCCCUAUCCUUUCGAAGGGGAAGUAGAGUAUUCAUAG